GGUAUAUUCUUUAGUUAACUCAAUCCUAACAAAUUUAAGUUAGUCAAUUUUUUUUUAGUCAUCAGACUAGUAUUCUCCAGAUCCUGAACAAAUACUUUUAUGUACAGAUAUUACAGCAAAAUAUUACGAUAAAUAUCAGUCAUAUUCUCAAAGGAUCGCUUGUGAAUUUUUAAUUCUGAUGCUAUGUGAAAUCCAAGAAAAAUGUCACACUCGGUAAAUAUAUAUACUAUAAUCCUCACACCUGGCCGAGAGUAUGAUAAUUUAGCAGUCAAGUACCCGAGGUUAUAUCAUUCUGAACUAUUGAAAGGAAAUAUAAAAUUCCUGUUUGAACCGUCUGGCAGCCAUGGUGAGGUUUGUUGUGAUGGUAACCUAGCAACGCCGCCAGCAACAGUUGUUGUACAGCGGAGGUCGCUGGCUGCCAGUGUGUGUGUGUGUGCUGUAUAUUGGAACCUUCCCUAUUGUUUUUUUGCAGAUAUUGCGGGACAAAAAUGAGUGAGCUCGGCCUGAGUGAGGAGCACCGGACCUGCAUGUCGGGCUACCUGCGCUUCACUCGGUACCAGAGGGCCCACCGCCUCCGCUCCGUCGACGCCUGCUUCCAGGAUGUUAAGGAUUCCAGACUGGCGGAGGAGACGUACACGUCGGAGGAGGUGACGGAGAUGCUGGACGCCCUGGCGGACGUGGUGAGAGCGGAGGUGGAGACGGAGCUCAUCCACGCCUCCCACACCACCUCCCUCCUCCUGGCCAAGCUCUUCACGCAGGCCCAGAAGUGGCACCUAGGCCUCUCCGUCGACACUUCCGAUCUAGAGAACCAGGAACUUCUGGACGAGAUAAAGAAGUUUGAGGACCAAGAACUUCAGCACCGUCCCAGCAUGGAGCUGCCGUCGCCCAAGAGGAGGACCCUGGCGCCGCUCACGGAGGGCGAGGGACCCGUGGGCCUCCUGCAGGCGGAGAUACAGAGACUCUCACGACACAACGACGAACUGACGGUGAAGUUGAAGCAAGCAGAGACCAGGGCGACGGAGGCGACGAAGGGGAGGACAGAGAUGAGCCUGAACCUGCAGGAGGCGCGCGAGGAGCUCAACAGACUGAAGCAGGCGGUAGCCAGCAGGCCCACCACUGAUGACUUCACCGAGCUAGUGGAGGAGGUGGAGAAGAUGAGGCUACAGCUGGCGACGCAGGAGGUGGUGAAGGAUACCUCACACGACCAGCUGGCCACUGACCUCACCAUCUCCAGGCAAAGCCUCCUGCAGGUCAAGGCGCAGCUGCAGCUGGCAGAGAAGGAACUGGAGAGGAAGUUCUCCCAGACCGGAGCCUAUCAGAACAUGAAGAAGAUGCUGAACAAGAAGAACGAACAGAUCAAAUCCAUGAGGAAAAAGUUAGAAGUUUAUGAGCCUGGUUCCGAAGACGUUACCGAGGACUGA